AUGGCUCAACUCCCAUGCGAUGGAGAUGGAGUAUGCAUGCGUUGCAAAACAAAACCAAUAUCAGAAAUCGAAACCCUAGUCUGUAUAACCUGUGCCACACCAUGGCACGUCAGUUGCUUAACAACACCACCAGAAUCGUUAUCUUCUACUCUAGCAUGGGAAUGUCCUGAUUGUUCUUCUGAUGGUGGUGAUGACUUGACGAUGACGAUGAUUCCUUCCGUUGAUGCAUCGAGUUCUUCAAAUGAACUUGUGACUAUGAUUCGUCAGAUCGAAAGUGAUAUUACACUGACUGAUCAGGAGAAAGCUAAAAAACGGCAACAAAUAUUGUCUGGAUCACUGAAAUCUUCAGAUCUUGAUGAUGAUGAUGAAGAGAUGGAGAAGAAAAGUGGAAAUGAUAUGAUGAAGAUUCUAGAUGAUAAACUUGACUGUCCUAUUUGCCAGUCGUUACCUGACAGACCUGUUACAACUCCUUGCGGUCACAAUUUCUGUUUAAAGUGUUUUGAGAAAUGGGUGAAGACUCUGAAAACGACGCAACCAGCUGGGCAACCAAUGUGUCCUAAGUGUCGCAGUAUGGUUCCUAAGAGUAUGCUGACUAACCCAAGGAUUAACUCAGCCCUUGCUGUCGCAAUACGUAUGGCAAAGGUUGCAAGGAAUAGUGGUUCAGUGGAAGGCCCAUUGAAAGUCUAUCACGUUGUUCAGAACCAGAAUAGACCAGACGAAGCAUUUACUACGGAACGAGCUAAGAAAACUGGGAAGGCUAAUGCUGCUAGUGGGAAGAUCUUUGUUACUAUCCCGGCAGACCACUUUGGACCCAUACUUGCCAAGAAUGAUCCUAGGAGGAACCAGGGAGUGUUGGUUGGGGAGUCAUGGGGAGAUAGGCUGGAAUGCAGACAAUGGGGAGUCCACUUUCCUCAUGUAGCUGGAAUUGCUGGGCAGUCUAACUAUGGUGCGCAGUCUGUGGCUCUUUCAGGAGGGUACCAAGAUGACGAGGACCAUGGAGAGUGGUUCCUCUAUACAGGAAGUGGGGGAAGAGACCUCAGCGGCAAUAAACGCACAAACAAAGAUCAGUCAUUCGAUCAAAAGUUUGUGAAAUAUAAUGAAGCACUUCGUGUUAGUUGUCGAAAAGGAUAUCCAGUCCGCGUUGUGAGGUCAUUUAAGGAGAAGCGCUCAUCGUAUGCUCCACAAACUGGGGUUCGAUAUGACGGAGUUUAUAGAAUAGAAAAAUGUUGGCGAAAAAUUGGGAUCCAGCGCCACAAAGUCUGUAGGUAUCUCUUUGUUCGAUGUGACAAUGAACCUGCUCCUUGGACAAGUGAUGAGCACGGAGACCGUCCCAGACCUCUGCCUGUUAUUAAGGAGCUUAGCAGGGCAACUGAUGUUACAGAUAGAAAGGACAGUCCAUCUUGGGAUUAUGACGAAGAAGAAAGUUGCUGGAAAUGGAAAAAACCUCCACCUGCAAGUAAAAAACCCGUUCAUACAGGGAAUCCUGAAGAUAUUGAGGCUUAUAAUAAAGAAAGGAAAGCAUGGAAAAAAGCGCAGAAUAAGUCUCUUACAGAACAGUAUCUGAAAGGGUUCAAAUGUCAACUUUGCCUGGAAGUGAUGACUCUUCCCCUGACAACUCCCUGUGCUCACAACUUUUGCAAGCCUUGCUUAGAGAAUGUGUUUGCUGGUAAAACUUUUGUUAGAGAGAGGUCUUCUCAUGGGAGGACACUUAGAGCACAAAAGAAAAUAAUGAAGUGCCCGUCGUGCCCAACAGACUUAUCCGAGUUUCUUCAGAACCCUCAGGUUAAUCGAGAGCUGAUGGGUGUGAUAGAAGAUCUCCAACGUAAGGCCAAGGAGGAGGAAAAUGAUGAGGACCCAAGUGAAGAGUUGUAUGAGCCCGAAAAUAUGAUUGAAGACGCUGAAGAAGGGAGUGAUAAUUCUGACUUGAGGGAAGGUAAUCCAGAAACUGGGGAUGAGCCUAAGCAGAUGAACAAACGCUUGAAGACGGAAGCUUCAUAUUUGUCCAGAAAUGCAGAUGGGUCUGAGUUCAAGGAUGGCGAAUCUGCAGUGGAGGAGAUGAAAUUUGAUGUCACAGAUGAAAACAAUGUUGUGGAAAAUAGUGCAGCAGAAGAAACUAUUGCAGCUGAAACCAAGCUUAAAAAGGUGCCAGCGAAAAGAGCUAGCAAGAAGAAAGCUGAGGGAAAGCCUAAGCAGAUGAACAGGCGCUUAAAGACUGAAGCUUCAGAUUUAUCCAGAAAUGUAAAUGGGCCUGAGAUCAAGAGUGGCGAAUCUGCAGCAGAAGAAACUAUUGCAGCUGAAACUAAGCUUAAAAAGGUACCAAAGAAAAGAGUUGGCAAGAAGAAAACUGAGGAGACACCAGUGGUUGUUGACGAGGGGAAUGAUUCAACAUCUAGCUCUCUUCAAAUUGGUUCAGAUGACCACAUUGAAUGA